AUGGCACAGUCACCGGACAAUGAAAUAAUUUUUAGAAACCAAAUCGUCGGACAGGGAGAUGUCUCGUUAGAGGAAGGAGAGAUGGAAAUAGAAGACGGAGUCGAAGAAGGCCACGGGAAAGGGGAGAGACCCACUAAUCAAGAACCAAGGGAGAAACGAAGAUAUCCAAGAAUGGACCUACCUGUUAAGCCCGAAGAAUUUAACGGAAAUGGGGAUUGGGAGGAAUAUAUUAGUCACUUUGAACUAUGUGCAGAACUUGGUAACUGGAUGAAGAAAGAGAAGGUUUUAGCUUUGGCAGUAAGAUUGAGAGGUCCAGCACGAAGUUUUUACAUAAAUUUGUCUACGGAAGAAAGGGGUGACUACGUAUCUCUAGUGGAACAACUGGGGCAAAGAUUUGGAAGCACUCGACGGCAAACCAGAUGGUUAUCGAGACUAGAAGCACGGAAGAGACAAUCUGAGAAGUCAAUAACCGCAUUAGGAGAUGAUCUAAGACAAAUGACUAAAAGAGCGUAUCCUACGCUAGUUGCUAUAGCCCAAGAAGCCCUCGCAUUAAAUCAGUUUUAUAAAUGUAUUACCUUAGGGAUGAAAUGCAGAUGUAUAGAUCGUAAUUGUGCGAUUGUAGCACAGGCAGUAGAUGUAGUAGAAAGAUAUGAAGAUAUAUCCCUGGAGAUGGGUGCGAUAAGAAGUGAUCUUCUCAAGGAUGUUAAUGGUAACAGUCUGCCGACAUACAGUAUUGCUGUCAUGCAAAUACAAUUAGAAGGUGCAACGUAUCAAAUACCUGUCCUAGUAUGUGAUAUGUUCCCAGCUGCUAUCGUGGGUCAAGAUUUUCUUUUGAAGUAUGUAAGCAAAAUAGAUUAUAGGAAGUUUUCCACUGGCAGAAAAGUCGUAAUAUUUUGGAUAGGCGGCGAAGCUGAAAUGACGAUCUUCCCACUCACAUCGCUAAUGCAGUUACCAGACAUCAGAGCCAGAGCCCCGAAUUUAAAGACAGGCAUUGUACUCUUUUGGGAGCUACAUGAUAUUCAGCAGGAACAGCUUCGAGAUCCUGACAUAUACCCACUUCUCAAAGCUAAGGACAUAGAAAAAAGACCACCCUGGGAAGAAGUAGCACAUGGCAGUUCGCAAUUAAAAACUCUGUGGUCGCAAUGGGACAGAUUGCAGUUAGUGGGCGGUCUACUUUAUAGGAACUGGGAGGGAAAAGGUGAUGAUUGA